AUGAGCUAUACUCGGGCUCUGGGCUUUACUCGAGGCCAUUUGGCUUGUCGAGUUCGGUCUGGAACAAGGAGAAUCAAGAGCACAGCCUUAGCACAAAGAGGGCUUCUCACCGAGAGCUAUGCGAGAGGUCCCUCAAGCCCCCCCUUGAUUGAGUCCACUGUUGGCGCGCACUUCGCUAAGGUCGUGGCCGAGCACGGUGAUCGAACAGCUGUUAUUUCAAGCCAUCAGAAUGAUAGAGCAACUUAUGCUUCCUUGGAUAACAGAAGCAACGCACUCGCCCGAGGGCUGGAGUCUGUUGGUGUCCGCAAGGGGUCUCGAGUAGGAGUGAUGCUGGGCAAUUCAAUGGAAUUCGCCGUGGCGACAUAUGCUCUGUUCAAACUCGGUGCCAUCUUGGUUCCGCUCAACCCGUCUUUCAAUGCAGGACAAGUGAUUGCAGCAUUGGGUCACCUCGAGUCCACUCACCUUCUUAUAAGCACAGAGUCUAAUCUGCCCCGGAAACAACCACGAAGCAAUAUACCUCUAGUUGAUGAGCUCAUUGGAGACAUUCACGGCUCGAAAUUGGAGUCUUCGCUGGUUCCUUCACUGAAACAAAUCAUUAUGAUCGACAACUCGGAAAAUCGAGUGGACAUCUCAUCUUACAAAAGCUUGACACCAUUUGAAUCUAUAAUGUCCCAACUCGUUGCAGACGGCCGUCCACUACCUCCACAGGAUCUUUCCCCGCACGAAAUUGUGAACAUUCAGUUCACUUCCGGAACAACAGCGAUGCCCAAGGCAGCAUGCCUGAGCCAUCACUCGAUUGUGAAUAACGGCUCCCAGGUCGGUGAUCGCAUGCUUCUCACACCACAUGAUAUCGUCUGCUGCCCACCCCCACUCUUUCAUUGCUUCGGUUGUACAUUGGGCUAUAUGGCGACGGCAACACACGGCGCGGCCAUUGUAUUCCCGAGUGAAUCCUUCAAUGCACAUGCCACCUUGAAAGCAGUACAGGAAGAAAGAUGCACAGCGCUGUACGGCGUUCCAACCAUGUUCCUUGAGGAACUUAGCUUAAUUGAGACCGGAAAGAUCUCCCGCGAGGGUUUCCAGCACCUUCGGACAGGUAUUGCUGCCGGGAGUAGCAUCCCGUCUGAACUCAUGAAGAAGCUGCACAGGAUUUUGAAUUUGACCGAAUUGACAAUCUGCUAUGGAAUGACCGAAACAAGCCCCGUUUCGGCUAUGACCGCCACAGACGACCCGAUCGACAAACGUAUCAGUUCCGUUGGAAAGCUUAUGCCACAUGUCCAGGCAAAGAUUGUGAAUCCUUUGGACAAAUCGGAGAUUUUGCCCCUUGGGGCCCGAGGCGAGCUGGCGGUUGGCGGGUACCUUCUGAUGAAGGAGUAUUGGGGGGCUCCAGAAAAGACGGCGGAAGUGAUGAUUCCAGAUGAUACUGGUAAGGUGUGGAUGCAUACCGGGGACGAAGCUUCUAUGUCCCCAGAUGGCUAUAUCACCAUCACAGGACGAAUCAAAGAUUUGAUCAUCCGGGGUGGGGAGAACAUUCACCCUCUUGAGAUUGAGAAUUGCUUACUAGCAAAUCCUGCCAUUUCCGACGCGUCUAUAGUUGGCGUCCCCGAUACGAGAUAUGGUGAGGCUGUGGCUGCCUUUGUAGUAGCCCGAGAGCAUGGCGCAAGCCGGAUAAACGCCGAGGAGGUCCAGCAAUGGGUGCGCGAGAAAUUGAGCAAUCAUCUCGUCCCGAAACAUGUCUUCUUCCUGGACCCCAUGGAAUCAUUUCCCAAAACAGCAAGUGGAAAGAUUCAGAAGUUCAGACUUAGAGAGAAGGCCAUUGAGCUUUUGACGAGACGUGCUGUAUAG